GGGUGGGGGGGGGGAACGGCUGGGGGGCCGCUUAGCAACGGGAGCGCGCGUGCGGCAACGGAGCGGGGCGGCCCGGAGGCGCCGCCCGUGCAGCGAGAUGGCCGCGCUGAGCGUCAAGCCGGGGCAGAGGUUCACCGUGCCCGACUGGGACACCAACGCCCGCCUCAUCUCCGCCGACGCCGAGAGCCAACGCUCCGCGUCCCACCAGCUCCGGCAGGAAGCCCGCGCUCUGCGCAACGAAACCAACAACCAGGCCAAGUGGGAUGAACACGACAACCAAACCCGCCUGGCUGAACGUAUCAGCAGCGUGAACAGAUGGAAGGAGACCCUGGACAAAUGCCUUGCAGACAUAGAUGAGGAAAUCAAUGCCUUGGCCAAAGUGAAGGAAGCAGCGGAACGCGCCCUCCAGGCCAAGAACCUGUCCUGGGACGUGGCCAGGGAAUGCCUGACGCUCCGCGACGGCCGCCGCGCCAUCGACGUGGUGAGGGACCCCGCGGAGGAGCAGCUGCACAAGGAGGUGAAGGUGAUUGACAAGGCCAAGAGAGAACUGCAGCAGAGAGUGAAUGAAGCCUUCGAACAGCUCUGCCUCCUACAGGAAGCGCGCCAGCAGCUGAGCAUGGACCACCGUGGCAAGAUGGAGGCACUGGAAAUAGAUCGCACGUGCUUAUCCCUCAGCGUGAACUCUCCCAAUAUCUCCUUCAAGGUCAACCCGACACGGAUCCCAAAUGGCACAACUGCAGUUGAUGAGUGGGAACAGAAUAGCCAAUACAACAAAGAUCAUGCUGAGGAGGAAAUGAAAGCCUCGACUAAGCUCCGAGAAGCAAUAGUGCUUGCCAUCGCCCAGACAAACAACGAGCUGGAGGCUCAGCGUGUAGCUACAGAGUUUGCCUUGCGCAAGAGGAUCAGAGACAUGGAAAGAGCCUACGACGAGCUGAAAUGGCAGGAGAAAAACGUAAAUGGUGCUCGUUUGAUUAUCGACCACAGCCUUGGGUGGGGAUUGGACGCCAAGGAGACCUUGGAGGAAAUUGCUGAGAUGGAAGAGGACAUCCGACGCCUGGAGGAAGAUCUUCGAAGGAAAAUGCAGGAUCUGAAAGUGGCACACACCCGCCUGGAGACCCGCACCUAUCGACCCAAUGUGGAGCUCUGUCGGGAUCAGGCGCAGUACGGGCUCACGGAUGAGGUCCACGCGCUGGAAGGAUCGAUCCGUGCGCUCAAGCUGAAGCUCGCAGAGGCACAGGACGCCCUGGACGCUCUGUACAGACAGCUGCACCGCGUGCAGACCGACAUGGCCUGCAAAGCCCACUCCCUGGUGCUGGACCACAAGUGCAUGGACAGCCGCAGGAAGCUCGUGGUCCCCGCCGAGAAGUUCGUGCCGCGGGUCGAUACCUUCAACCGCACCGAGAACCGCGCUGCAUCCCCGCCCAGGCCCGGGCAGCUGGAGCUGGGCUAGGGCAGGGUGAGCGCCCGGAUGCUCCGGAAUUCUCCCGAUUCUCCUCCCUGCCCCCGGUUUGUUAUAUAACCGCCUGUUAUAUGCGCUCCAAGGAGCGUUUAAACAAUAAAAGAGUGUCUGCGAGA